UUACGCAAAAGGAUGGCAUCCCCAACCUACUCCUAAGCAGGAUUUCCAGGCGUUCGUUCAGUUUCUGAUUAAUAAAAUUCAAGUUCCGGUCCGUGCUAACAUGGACGCGUUCAGAUCGUUUGACCGUCACUGGCGUCCGUAUUUCCUGAACUGCGGAGCGUGCGAUUUGAAUUACGAAUACAUCGUCAAAAUGGAAACCUGGAGCGAGGAUCUCAGGUACCUGUUGCCGAAGUUCAACAUGGAUGAAAAGAACGAAGUGCACGAAAACGCGAAGAACUCAACCGAUGUGUCAUAUCGAUACAUCAGGGCGUUACCAAAGCAGCUCAUCUUGAAACUCUACGAGAUCUACAAGAUUGAUUUCGAAAUGUUCGACUAUUCUCUGAACCAGUAUAUGACAUGAAAUAAAUUAUAAACUUUGUUACUUAUUAACAAUUUUGGGACAGAAGACUACAUAUGAUUGCCUUACCUGAUUGCAAUGCCCCAUGGGGAAUGAAUGACAAAACACGAUCACUGAUUUGCGAAAGCAUUAAAAAAAUGAUUGUUGAUUAUAUAUAUACCUUGGGUCCAGGUGAAAUGUACGACUAAAUAGUCCACGGAAUUAGUACCGAAUAUUUCA